GGCCAGUAUCAAGGGUCGCAAGCAUUUUCUCACGUCGUCCCCGGCGAGGCCGAGUCAAUCAACCCCAACACUGGAUCUUUAAACUUCAAGAAAAUCCUGCUGAACUUGCGCGGAAAGAGAGAAAGCAUCGAUUUAUCACUGGGCCUGAGCUACAGUUUCGGCUCCUUUGGCGUAUUCGGACUACCCGUUGGAUGGACGUUUAAUAUUCCCUACGUUAUCCCUGGUGGAAGCGUCACUAUACAAGAACGAACAUACGCAAUCGAUCUCGAUUGGUCUGAUUCCACCGGGUACAAGUCGGGGUUGAGAUACAUCAACAACCACGGCAUCUCCUUCACCCCAGUUAUCCCGCCCCAGCCGCUACCCUCCGGAAGCCCAGGCGAGUACAGCUACAAGCUUCAGAAUGGAGAUGGGUCAGUCGACUAUUUCGAUGCCAUUGGCAGGCCCCUCGCACAUGACGACCUUUUUGGAAACAGUAUUCUGUACAAUUAUGUGGCAGCACCUACAAGUGACAUCCGGACGGCGAUGUUGGACUCCAUUGAAGACUCGUGGGGACAACGCAUCACAUUCGGCUACCAGCAAGGUUCUCAGAUAACCCUUACGGCCCCUGAUGGCGGUAGCAUCAGUAUAGGUUUCGAUCAGACUGGAGUUCGCACCAUUACCGACCCUGCUGGACUGGAGACUCAGUUAAGCUACGUCAACUUUGACCAAAGCAAUACCCCAUUGUUGAUCAAGAUUCAAGGCUCAAGCGGAAUUGUCUCUCAGUUCAACUAUAUCGACAUCCAGUACCUGGAUCUGAACGGAAACCCCGCCAACCUACCGGCAGUCCAGGAUUUCUAUCACAGUGAUCUAUCUGGAAACAUACUCCAGCACAAGAACUACAGCUACGGUACGCAGUCUGGAGGCCAGACUUUUACCGGGGUUAGCAUUGGCUGUCGUUUUGGUUCUUCCCAGGAUGGUUUGAUGGAUGGUGCUGGCCAAGGCGUCAACUAUCAAUACGAUGUAAUUGACUCAACGAUGGAUGAGAACGGAAAGGAGGUGUCCAGAACAUCCACUUGGUUCAACUAUCUCCACUUGCCAGUCUCUGCCGAACAGCUUACAAAGACCGACACUGCGGAUUUUCUCGGUGGCUAUCGAAUGGACUUCCAGUAUGACAUAUCCAGCGAUCAGCAUGCCCGAUCAACAAACUUCUCGAGGCCAACCGUGGCAAGCAAGUCUCAUUCCGUGGGCUCUGGUAGUUCAACAAGUUACGAACCAAUGAGCCAAGUGCAAAGCAUUUACAACGAGUUCGGCAACACCCUUUCAGUCGAGGAAGACAUUCAUCAGCCGGGAGUCGGUUUUGUGCCUCUGAAAAAGACCACAUCUAUAUUCAUCACCACACCAGACAAUAUCCAACUGCCGCUUCAACACGUCGUAGUAGACCUAGUCGCCGGGUCCGAGAACCAUACAACCAAUACUCUCACUUCAGACCAGAAGAGUAUCGGCUCCUCACUCGUGAGUUUCGUGGACCCGGCCGACCCGAACCGCCAAAUUCAACCCCAGAAGAUCAUGAACUUCGAAUACGAUACGAGCGGCAACAUUGUGUCCAACACCAUCGGCUGGGCACCGGGAGCAUCGGUUCCCCAGGGUUCUGUUUCACAGGCUACUACAAAAACUUCAUACAAUUAUCAAGGAGGCAUCUUGUCGGUGACCACAACUGAUCCUCUCAACGGCACCAAGAUCAUAAAAUAUGACAUGCGAGUCAGCACAGGUCCACUUGUUCAUAUCCAACAGCCCCUCGGGCAGUCGGAGACGUACGAGUACGACAUUCUCGGGCGGUUGUUAGCCCACACGAACCAGCUUGGCGACAGAACGGAAUAUGAGUACGCCGUGGGCACUACGAACAGUGUCAAGUCAACAGACCAGCUUGGGUAUGCGACUCUCAUAACAUAUGAUCCAUUAGGUCGCGAGAUCAAAGUCAUGGACAACGGAGAUCCGACGCAGGCGGGAUCACAGCUUGCCCGCGUCAUAAGCCAGACAAAGUAUAACACGCAAUCGCUCGUUGUGUCGAAGAUAAAUAUUCUCGGCCUGGUAACAACGUACGAGUAUGAUUCUCUCAGUCGCCCUGUCGGCACGACCGAUCCGCUCGGAAACGUCAUGUCAUAUGAGUACAACGACGAGAACCUCACAGUCACUGAGAAACAAAACGGUGAGAAGCGUGCAGUAUCACAAAUGGACGGCAUCUCGCGGAUCAUCAGCCGCUCGAAAUUUCCCGACCCUGAAGAUGUUUCGACCAAGUGGAGCCUUACCGAACAAUACACCUUUGAUGGAAAUAACAGAAAGAUCAAGCAAGCCACAUCAUCUACACCACUGGAGGGGUCCGGUUCAGCAACAGUUUUGAAGUCAGUGGUUGCCCAAUAUGGUAUGGGCCCUGAAGUUAUCUCACAGACUGAGACCGCUUCAAGCGACGCGGGCGGCCAAGACAAUGUGAAGCGGACUUACACUCUGGACCUGUUCGGGAACGUCUACACUUGGGAGAAAGUGACUACGUACGGGGAUGGGAGAGCUUUCACCACCAACGGGCCAGUCAACUACUACGACGCUUGUAGCCGCUUCGUCCGGCUUCAGAACCAAUUGGGACAAUCUGAAGUUUAUCAGUACAACCAAAACGGUUGGUUGGCGAGCAAAUCACGAUUUGACGGGACGCAGACCAAUUUCGAGUAUGACAAUGCAGGCCAAAUGACUAAGGCCACGACACUGACAGAGAUUACGGAAGUUGCCUACGUUUGUCUAGGCAGGAAGUCUUCGAUCAUGCAAGACGGCAAGGUCAUGAAAUAUGGGUACUCACUGGAUGGGACACUCACGGCGACAGUGUACGAAGACGGUCUCAAGCAAGUCUGCAGUCUCGAUAACGCUAGCCGGGUCGUGACCGAGACGGAUGUUGGUGGUGUUGUUCGAAAAACAUCCUUCACUCAGUUAGGACAAGUUGCGAGUCGAAGCUGCCAGUCAGACACGCUUCAGUACGUAUAUGGCACAGCGAAUCACACCAUCGGCCAGCUCAUCGGGACGCAAUUGGCGGGUUCUAACACGUAUUUCCGCCGUUUCACUUACGACGGGUUUGGGAACAUUGCAGAGGAUGUCUACAUUUCCGUCGCGGACUCACGUACGCUCAUGACGACAACCUACCAGCGCGAUCCGCGGCAGCGAAUCCAAUCUUGGGAGUCCGCAUCCGACUCGAACCCCAGCCUCAACGAAAAGCACGAAUACCAAUAUGACGGCGUCGGGCAAUUGCUGCAAGAUGCCAGCGGGACGAGUCAGACGACCUACACGUAUGACGGGAACUUCAACGUGGCAUCCGUCACCUCCCCAGCCGGCGAGACCACAUCCGUGAUCGCAACAAUGACUAGAACGAUGACUUACAACGUCUUGGACCAGAGAACUGAUUCGGGAUUCAAAUAUGACACCAACGGCCGUAUGCUGGCCGACGAUCAGGGUCGCACAUUCUCAUGGAACAACACCGACAAGCUCCUCUCAGUCCAAGUAUCGGCCGGCGUUGCAGAUAAUGGCUUUAAUUACCAUCCCGACGGUCUGCUCGCGCAGCGUCAACUCAAAGACUCGACUUCUACGUUCUACUACAACAAAGCGACCGUCAAUGUGGUGGACGUGAGCGAUUCAGCAGGACAGAACGAGAAGACCUCCCUUUUUUCUGGAGUCGACCGUUUCAUCGCUGGAUAUUCCGCAUCCGCGGCCCCAACAUACUUCUUCGACCAGCAAGGGUCUGUAUCUCUGAUCGAAGAAGGCAGUCAGCAGACAACCAUGGCCUACCAAGCGUAUGGAGCGAAGACGUCGUCCUCGCCCCUGAGCCCUUCGGCCAGCUUUGGUUUCCGUUCCGAGUACGUUGACCAGGCCUCGGGUUUAGUCUAUUUGCGUUCCCGGUACUACAACCCAACUCAGAUGGCUUUCAUAUCGAUGGACUCUGCCUUGGUCGAGAACCGCUACGCUUAUUGCGUUGGUGACCCGGUCAACAUGGUGGACCCCUCUGGGCAUGUCCCCGUAUGGGGAGCGGUGCUGGGACUCAUGGCAGCACUUGCAGCCGCAGGAGUCGGGAUCAUCGUCGCAGCACCCCUCAUGAGCGCCACCUUGACAGGUCUCCUCGCUUCGUCCGUCGGGGCAGCCGCCGGUAAUGCGUUAGUCACGGCGGCGUUCGUGCCCAAUGCUACCGGG